AAUAUUACAACAUUAAAACUCAAUGAAUAACAUUAAACAUAUCAAUACAGGUACAUUCACAGAAAUCAAAGUUGAACAGUCCUGCUUAGCCAAAUGCAACUGCUAAUGCUAAGGUAAGCCCAGUAAGUUACCAGUCCAUGGAAGAAAGGGUUGGUAAUUCCGAGUUGGAGGACUUGGAGAAACCAGUACUCUGCUAUGAGUCCAGAAACGGUUCAUGUCAGAAGACCAUCUAUCCCUUGCCCGUACGCAUCACCCUCUACAUGAUUCUAGGGGUCACAGUCAUCCUAACAGUGUGUGGAAACUUUUUGGUCGCUGUCUCAAUUGCCUUUUUUAAGCAGCUCCGUACUCCAACUAAUUACUUGAUCGCCUCUCUGGCUGUGUCCGACCUUCUUUUAGGGCUGUUAGUCAUGUUCCCCAGUAUGAUUCAUAGUGUAGAGUCUUGUUGGUAUUUUGGUGACGUCUUGUACCGACACUAUGCUGUUUGCCAACCUUUACUAUAUAGAAGAAAAAUAUCUGUUAAUGUCGUGCUCAUCAUGAUUCUGCUCAUUUGGAGUAUUUCAGCUCUCAUAGGCUUUGGGAUGAUUUUUCUCAAAUUAAAUAUUUGGGGGAUUGAGGAGUUCUACUAUAACCACAUUGCAUGUGAAGGAGGAUGUUUUUUGUUUCAGAGCAGACUUUCAAGUACAGUCUCAUCAGUAUUUUCCUUUUACAUUCCAGGAAUAAUAAUGCUUGGCGUUUACCUUAAGAUUUUCCUAGUGGCACAGAAACAGUUGCACAGCAUACAGAACACAAGCUGUAUGAGCUCGGCAAAAAUAUCAAAUAAGAGCCAGACAAAAGCCACUAAAACACUUGCUAUCAUAAUGGGUGCAUUUCUGUCUUUUUGGACUCCUUUUUUUGUCUGCAACACCAUCAAUCCCUUUAUCAGUUACUCAACGCCACCAGUGUUGUUCGGAGCACUUGUAUGGGUCGGCUACUUGAAUUCUACUGUGAACCCUUUAAUAUAUGCAUUCUUUUAUAGUUGGUUCAGAAAAGCAUUUCGAUUAUUCACUUCAGACUUUGAGAUCCUCAUCCCUGCAGAAGGAAGAAACGGACCCCCGUUCUUCACCAAGGAAGAGACGACCGCCUUUUUCUUCACAUCGGGCUGCUUUCCCUCCGCUGCCACACGGAGGACCAGCCCUGCCGUUCAUCAGCUGACGAGCAUCAUAACGGCCCGUUAUUGUCCGAGCCUGCGCGACGCCGCCGGACCAAUUAACGACGAUAUACACCACUAUCGCUUCGGAGAAGCGAUCCAAGAUGGGUGA